AUGAGUGGAGAGAAGAAAGAGGUCUCACUCGGUAUUCUCAGGGUUCAGAAUGAACCAGAGGACAGGAGGAAUGUGCCAGAAAGUUCUGGUAUUUCCUCUCAGCAUGAGCAACAAGGGCAGUACCAACUGGACAGUCCAUGUGGGACAGCCCAGCAGCCCCCGGGGUCCCCAGUGCAGCACCACCCAGUCUAUGGAGAGAUGAGUGGUGUGACCCAGCAGCAGUGGGUCCCCCAGGCCCUGGACAGACCUGAGCUCCAGGCCACUUGUCUCUCUGCAGUGGAACCAGGAGAGGUAGCAGAGGCUGGCCCAAGCUCCCUACCAGGAUCUGAGCUUGGCCAGCCUUGCUCAUCACCCCCUCCUAGUGAAGAGGUCUGCUCACUGCUCAGAGCAAUUCCCCCUUUUCCAGAUGAUGUUGUGGUUAGGCCCAGGGCCCCACGAAAAUCCUGGAAGUCUGGCACACUCCGCCAUGGAAAGAGAGUUUACGCUAUUGCCAUCAGCGGUUCAACACACCAUGUGUACACCUGUGGUUCUGGCUACAUCAGGGUGUGGGAUGAGAGGGCUCUGCUUGCCUCAGACGAGCCCCCUCAGGUCCAGCUGGACUUUCAGGACCACCAGGACUGUGUCCUCACCUGCAAACUGUUGCCGGAUGAGCAGAGUCUGAUCACAGGGGGUGUGGCCCAAACUCUGACUCUCUGGGACCUGGCACCCACACCCCGAGUCCGGGCACAGCUGGAAUCUACAGGCCUCAUGUGCCACUCUCUGGCUGUCUCCUCUGAUGCCCACAUCUGCUUGGCUUGUUUCAGAGGAUUUGUUGAGGUUUGGGAUUUGCAGAACCAAGUCUUGAUCAGGAGGCAGGAACUCCCCAAAUUUGGAUCUCGAUGUAUUGACAUCGCAGGCAAUAAGUUCUGGACAGGAGGUGAAGACACCAACCUGUAUUCCUGGGACCUGAGGAGCUACAAGAGGAUACAGCACCAUCAUUUAGAGUAUGAGAUCCUCAGCAUUACCCAUGACCCUGGUGAGGAAUGGAUGUUAGUUGGCCUGAGGACAGGUGAAAUGGUCAUCCUACACGCUCAUCGGGAUGAAAAGUUUAAGGCUGUCCUGCAAAGAUACCUCCACUACCACAACAUCAAGUUCGCCUCCUCUGGGAGCUUUUUUGUGACCACAAUGGAUGAGACCCUCCGCUGCUUGGAGGCACCUUCAUUGCGGAGGUUGUUUCAGGUAGAGGAGCCUUUAGAAAUCGUGUGUUGUGAUGUGUCUUCUGACAACCAGUAUCUGGUCACGGGCUCUAAGAAAAGUGCCACAGUUUACCAGCUCUUGUACUGA